AAAGACAGCAAGGAGCGGCGAGGGGGAUGACUGAAUGAAAAUUGGCCUAGCUACAUCGACUGUAGUUUUAGGAAAGUGCCACCCUCCCUUAAAUAUUAUCUAUAUUUUAUAAUCAACAAAGGUUAUUUAAAAAAAAUAUCUUGCUAGUAAAAUCCUAUAAUAGCGAGGAUGUUGGUUCCCGCGGGAAGAUAAUGAAGCGGUUGCGCGUUUUGUUCGUGUGCCUCAUUGUAGCUGUCCUUUGCUGGUACCCCAGAAGUCAUGUGUGUUGUUCAGAGCACAACUCGUCAGGUCCAGGUGUGUCUAGUGGAGACAGCAGCCCCCCAGAGCAUCUUCACGACCAUGAGCAUGCACAGUACCACAGGACGGACCACAAGAUGGAGUCGCCGAGGACACACACACACUCCUCCUACGACAUGGGACUGGAGACGGAGAGGGCUGCACUAGAGGAGCCCAACACACACAACACUGAACAGACUGUGAAUCAGGAGGAGCCUGUAGUGGUAGAGAUCUGGUCAGCCCCAGAACCACACGCUGAUCCUGAACCCCCCGCUGCUGCUGCUGCUGAGCCACGCACACAAAUGACACAGCCUCACACACACACCCACCCAGAGCCCGAUACACAACUCCCUCCCCUCCAGGACCAGGCAACUCUACCCUCCUCCACCCCAUCACCCAGCGAUGACCUAGCCCAGGACCAAGCCUCCACAGACCCCCCAGCCCCGGCCGAGACCCGCAGUGAUGCCCUGGCAGAACCCAGCCCAGCCCCGGCCACAGAAGACCCCCAACACACACCUACCUCUACCUCUCACACCCCUGCUCCAGCCCCAGCCAGUGGUGAUGCUGACCCAGUAGAGAGCCAGUCAGAGCAGGAUCAAAUUCAGGCUGGUUCUGAUGCUGAUGUCCAAGCAUCUGUCAGCCCAGAGGACCCAGACCAGGACCAAGGUCUACCAGAGCUGGACCAGGGGGGAAACACCUCCCACAGGCACCAAGACACUGACCAAGACCAGCAGGCAGUGGAUCAGGCAGUGGAUGCCAGUGAUGCCAGCGCUAUUGAGACGGAUCCCUCAGUGCCGAGUAAGGAGGACAUCCCAACCUUCGACGAGUGGAAGAAACAAGUCAUGGAGGUGGAGAAAGAGAAGACUCUGUCCCUCCAUACCUCUUCAAGUGGAAGCACCCCUGUGAAGAAGGUGCAGAAGAACUUUAAAAACAACUAUGCUUCUGUGGAGUGUGGAGCUAAGAUACUGUCAGCUAACACAGAGGCCAAGAGUACAUCUGCCAUCCUCAUGGAGAAUAUGGACCUGUACAUGCUGAACCCCUGCAGCAUUAAGAUCUGGUUUGUGAUAGAGCUUUGUGAGCCCAUCCAGGUGAAACAGUUGGACAUCGCUAACUUUGAACUGUUCUCCUCCACACCUAAAGACUUCCUGGUCUCCAUCAGCGACAGGUAUCCCACCAACAAGUGGUUGAAGUUGGGAACGUUCCACGCCCGUGACGAGCGCACCGUCCAGAGCUUCCCAUUGGACGAACAGCUCUACGCCAAAUACAUCAAGAUGUUCAUCAAGUACAUAAAGGUGGAGCUCAUCUCCCACUUUGGAUCAGAACACUUCUGUCCCCUCAGCCUUAUCAGGGUGUUUGGUACCAGUAUGGUGGAGGAAUAUGAAGAGAUUGCAGAUUCUCAGUACCCCUCAGAGAGGCUGGAAUACCUUGAUGAGGAUUAUGACUACCCUCCUGGGUACCUCCACUCUGAGGACAAGGGGUCUAAAAAUCUGCUGGGCUCUGCCACAAAUGCCAUUCUCAAACAUUGGUCAACAGACCAUAGCAGCCAAUCCAACGCAUCAUUAGAAGCCCAGAACGAGACCGAGGGGAACAAAGAUGUGCAGCUCACCCCAACUCCAACCCCCACCACUCCUCCUCCAGCUGUGGAGACGGUAGAGCCAGACUACCCUGCUCCCCAGGAGGACCCUGAGGUCCCCCUCUCCUCCCUGCUUCCCCCCUCCCCGGAGGAUGGACAGAUCGUGACUCUGGUGGUGCAGGAGGAGGAGGAGCCCCCACAGUCCACUGUGACUCUGAUGGAGGAAGAGGGGGAUGAUAACGAGCAGGAGGAGCGAGAGGAACAAUGGAUGAGGGAGAGAGAGAGCCAGCUCACCCCCACCCCUACUCCCAGCUCCACCGCUCCCCUACACCUACCAACCUCUGAGACAGCCUCCCUGGACAUCCCUCCACCCCCCCUGAAGGAGCAACCAGUCCAGCCCCUUCCCACAGCCUCUAGACCUGCAGACCUCCCCCCUCCCACCGACCUCCCUGUCCCCCCUCAGCCUGACACAAACACAGAGCCACAUACACCCAGGGCUGGGGCAGAGAGUGGAGACAUCCAGGGUCAGGGGGAGCAGGGAGACGCCUCUGCCCAGCCAGCAGAACACCUGCGUGGGGAAGAAUCCGUGGAAGACCUACUGCUUAGCGUCCCGGUGACCGCUAACGGACAUUUACACCGGACGGCUACAGACUUCUACGCUGAGCUGCAGAGCGCGGGGGAGUACAUUGGAGGGAAUGGGAAUGGAGGGGUGAACGGAGGAGUGAACGUGCAUGGCUCCAGUCAGAAGGAGAGUGUGUUCAUGAGGUUGAACAACAGGAUCAAAGCCCUGGAGAUGAACAUGUCCCUCAGCAGCAGAUACCUGGAGGAACUCAGCCAGAGGUAUCGUAAGCAGAUGGAGGAGAUGCAGAGAGCGUUCAACAAGACCAUCAUCAAACUGGAGAACACCUCCCGCAUCGCUGAAGAACAGGACCAGCGGCAGACAGAGUCAAUCCAGAUGUUACAGGGCCAGCUGGAGAACGUCACCAAGCUGAUGAUCAACCUCACCAUGACUGUCUCACAGCUACAGAGAGAGGUGUCUGACCGACAGAGUUACCUGGUGGUCUCUCUAGUCCUGUGUCUCUGUCUGGGCCUGGUGCUCUGCCUGCAGUGCUGCUGGAGCGCCAACACACACACCGUCACACACACCGCAGUCAACCACUACCCCAGCCCCAAGAGGUGUUUCUCCUCCUAUGAUGAUUUGAGUCUGAAGCGGAGGGUAUCGUGCCCUCUCCUACGCUCCAAGUCCUUCACUUUUCCUACUUCCGAAGUAGGCCCCGACGACCUUUACAUUGUUGAACCUUUAAGGUUCUCACCAGAGAAAAAGAAGAACCGAUGUAAACUGAAGGCAGCAUUAUCAGCCCCCUCUUCUCCGAUGGCUAACGGGGGACUCAAAUGCAAUGGUCUCCCCCACUCCCUGAAUCGCCCUCCUCCUCCCCCUCUAGAAGACAUGUCCUGUAAGGAGCUCCCCUUCCCAUCAGAGAGUAGCAGCUGUAGCUCCUCCAACCACUCUGAAGAGUCCUACAUCAGCCGAGGCCAUCCCCUCUCCUCCCCCCCAGGCCUGUGUAAUGGCCACGCUGCCCUUCCCCUCCCGUCCUACCUUACCACUCUCCCCCUCCCUUCCUCUAAGAGGUCAGUGAAGCGUCGGCGGUCUCGUCAGGCAGAUCUGCAGUUCUCCUCCAGACAGACAGGAGGCGCUGCUGUGAACUCUCUGCACAGCCUGCAGCAGCUGAUCAAGGGAAACAAGGAGAUCAGUGUGGGGACCAUAAGAGCCACAGCAGUCACAGGACACAUCUGAUCACACACACCCUGGUAGCAGACUUGGUUAGGGAUAUGUGAAAGGGUGUGGUCUUGCCCCAAAAUGGCCACAUCUCCCAUGAGCACCCGGGCCACAGUGGAACUCAGACACCAUGAUAUUAGUCACCCAGCAACAGCCAUUCAGAGACCUCUCCACAGUCAUGUGCCUUUCUGUCCACUCUAAAGCUUUCACUGAUAUAAAAAACACUGAAAGGAUUGUUCUUUUUAUGUUCGGAGCGAGACUAAUGGUGGGGAGUGUUACUAGAAAACAGACAUUCAUUCAGCUGUUUCUACUGGACAAGCACAUCAGACCUGGGCAUCAGGGGCUUGUACUCCAGCCCUGUGCCCAGAGGAGAGGGGCUGAGUAGAGCUCUUACCUGAAGCCUGUGAAAGUACAGUAUGAAGCUGUAAGGAUGAAAUGUGUAGCAGUGAGAGAACUGUGCAGCAGGAUUAGCUUCUUCUUUAAGCUCUCCUUCUUUCCUCCAUUUCCACAUUCUGUUCAUUCUCUGUGCAUUGUUCAGCGGUAGCUAACACCACUGCAGUUGUUCGUAUGGGACCAGGGUGUUAACCCUUCACACACAACAGGCCCUCUGUCUCCCUUUCUCAGGCAGUCUAACCUAACACCACGCAACCAGCAGAGCUGAAUGAAGAUACAUACCCAAUGUGUGUGUGAGCGUUGGUGUGUGUGCAUGCAAGCGUUCCUGUCUCUAGCCCAUGUUUAUCCAGCUCUGAUACAAAGGAACAGGCUCUAUACCUCUUGAACUAGUUAACCUAGCUAUUCUCCAGUCAGACCUCCAAUGGUAGUGUGUGUGUGUGUAUACAGAGAGCCAGCCAAGAGGAAAGGGAUCUUGUACUGUAUAGGCUGGUUGUUUUUGCACAUUGUGACAGGUCAACAGAACCCAGUCAGAGUUAGUUAGGUUGUUUUAUAUUGAGCUGUAUAUGAGCCAUGCUGAGAGCUGAAUGUUGUGUGUUAUUAUAGUUGUUAGGAACAGUUUAGUCUGAAGAUGUCGGUGUGUUCGAGCACACAAACACCCGCUGUUGGUAGAAGUUGCCUCUAGGAUCUGCUUUUCCUCCCCCAAUUCCUAAUGUUAACCAUUCAUAUCAACAGUGCAAUGCAACACGGACCUUUCCAUCCGUGACACAGGGUAAUGUCAGUCGAGAGCAGAUCCCCUGAGGUCCUGUAGGGGAUGCUGUGAGGCCACUUUUAUUUAUCUAGUUAUUUAUGUUCUGGCCUCAAAACAACCCUAUCAUACUGUAGCCCAGGGGAAACACAUGGUACAUGUUACAUAGAAUAAUAAUGAUUGCAAUUAAAACACAAAGGUAGAUGUAUUGUACAUAGCAUUUUACUGUCGCAUACUGUAUGAUUGUCACUGGCUGCCCGACACUAGUUCACCUCUUGCGACCAAUAUUUGUUUUGUGUUUUCAAAGCUAAACGGACAACAAGGUAUCAUCCACCUUUUGUCUCUGUAAAGGUGGAUGUAAAGGUGGCUUGAUCAUCUGGUGUUUGUAGAGUUGCCUCCACUGUCACACCUGCACACUCACCAUCCUGUUAAUUAGAACUCUACCAGGGAACAGAGGGCUGUAACAGUCCCAAUAUCUGCUGGGGUCGUAUACAAACCAGCUUCACCUCACCAGUUAAUGUUAUGGGAAGAUGACGUUAAAACAAGAAAUGUUUGAAGUCAAUUUGUUUGUCUGUCUCUAGAUGUCUGUGCAAGGAUGUGAUUGGAACGGCAAAAGUCCAUUUUAAUAAGUUGCGGAUGUGAAAGAUCAGUGUACUAUAUAUCUGUAUAUCUGUGCCAGUGGUUAGUAUGCCAGUGGUUAGAUGGCCUCUGAGCUAUGUUGGGUUGGUUGUUGACUGACUGAGAAAGAGAGACUGGGCCCACUGUAUUCCACAAACUACACACACCACACUCCCUCUACAGUAUACUUCCAUUACCUCUACAGACCAGCCACCCAGGUCCCCUACUCCACACACUGACCUCUGACCCCUACACAGUUCAGGGUUCAGAAAGUGUGAAGAGCUCUCUUUUAGUGCAUCUGUUUUAAUUGAACCACUUCUGUUCCCAUUACCAAGAACAGCACCUUUAACUGGCCACCUCUGCUGUUCUUACUAGCUUGUCAUUCAUUAAUGUGUUCAUUACUGUGCAUUCACCCCACCUCAAAUAAGGUAGUGGUUUUCAGGAGUCUGAAGGAACUUGUGAAUUUAAAAGGGAAUGUUGGGAAAGGGUUUGGAAUGCACUGUUUUAUCUGAUUACAAGUGUUCCACACCCAGUGAAUCAUGACCGACUUUGUUUUUCUACCCUUUUUGAAUGUGUAUGAUAUUAUGGGUAAGUGUGUAUGAUAUUAUGGGUACGUGUGUAUGCAUGCAAGAGUGUUUCUUGGUUCUCUUGAUGCGUGUUUGUGGGAGACUCAGCGAAGCCCUAAUUUAACACACUGACUAGAGAUUGGUCGUCGGUGACCUCCAGGUCUCAGUGUGCACUUUGUUAUUAUUACUACCUUCAUGCCUUUUGUUUUUCUACACUAAACGCUGUCUGUCAACUGCUUUGUUUCCACGCUUCUCUCUUUCUCUGAGUAUUCUGGGAAAGAGCUGCACAGUAUUGUGGAACAGGAUCGAGAGUAACUACAAAGAUGUAGUGCCAUUAGAAACUGUGAAUUUCCAAAUAAAACAUUUAGUCUUUCACUCGA